AUGGCUUCUACCUCUGCGGAAACGUCUCAUCCCGUGGUGUUUACCACCCAAACGGCGUAUCCUCUGCCUUCUCAAAAGUUCAUGAUACCAGCAUCAUGGAAAAGAUACCAGCUUUCCCAGCUGGUCAACAAAGCUCUAUCUCUGCCAAAGCCGAUUCCAUUUGACUUUCUGGUACGAGGCGAAAUCCUGCGAGGGACGUUAGCAGAAUGGUGUGCGGAGAAGGGGAUUGGAGAAGAAGAGACUCUAGAGAUUGAGUACUUUGAGUCUGUGAUGCCCCCACAGAAAAUGUCCACAUUACCGCACGAAGACUGGGUCUCGUCUGUCUCAUGUCAACUACCCGGGUACAUUUUCACAGCGUCCUACGACGGAACCAUGCGUACCUUCGACUACUCCCAAAAGCUGUUGCACAGCGCCGCGAUCCACGCAGCACCCUCGACGUCUAUUUGCCUCCGCUCGCACGACCUCACCGCGCGCCUGACCAACCUCACCCUCCCGUCCGACUCCGCUCAGCCCGUCAAAUCGCAGACUGUAGCAUCUCUUCAUUUACACACAGCACCCCUCGCAUCGAUAUCCGCCAACGCCUCGGGCUCGCAUCUCCUCACCGCAUCCUGGGACGGGCUCAUCGGCGUCUGGGACACCUCCAUCGCCGCAUCAGACGAGGUGCCCGCAGACGAGCCCACUGAGCGCAAAAAGCGUCGCCGCAUCGAGGACGACGCGCCGCGCCCCAGGCGCAAAGCCCCGCUCUCCGUGCUAAAGAGCCACACCGCGCGCGUGUCCAAAGCCGUGUUCAGCCAUAGCUCGGGCCCGGGCGCCGCCGAGCAGGCGUACAGCUGCGGGUUCGACUCGACCGUCCGCGUGUGGGACGUCGAGAACGGCGUGUGCACGCAUACGAUCGCCGCGUCCUCGAAGCCGUUCCUCGACCUCGCGCUCACGCCCGCGGGCACGUCCGCCCUUGCGUGCUCGACGGACCGCACCGUGUCGCAGUACGACUUCCGCGCGGCCGCGACGAACAUCACCGCCUCGACCGCCACAAAGAGUGCGGUGACGAGCUUCAGGGUGUGGGAGGGCUUGGAGAAGAAGGGGAAGAAGGUGUUGAGUCUGGAUUGGGCGAGGGGUGUGGUUGCCGUUGGUGGCGAGGGUGGGGUGGAGAUUUGGCGAGUUGGCGAAGGCGAGCGCGUGUUUCCUAGUAGCUAGAGGGGGUUAGCGAGCAUGUUGCUUCGCAAGUGACUACCACAGUGUGGUGUUAGGAUAUCUACGGCUGGCCCAGACGACUCUGAAUUGGCCCGGGCAGGGACCAUGCUGAGUGCGAAAUACAGCCUUUGUUUCCAUUUGAGUAGACGACAACAGAAUACACAUACAGCGACAACAACACUGAUACUGUACAUGUUGACACACUUCAGGUUUUGCCUCUAUCAUCUCGCGCAGCGCUGCUCUACGGUACCCCUUCUGAGGCGCCCGGCCCGUCCUUGUAUCGACUUGCGGUGGAUGAACUCAAACAUUGGGAUACAGAUUGGCGAGCUUCCGCUCCUUCGUCAUCGCUAGGUGGGGUAACGGUGAGAAUCACACCAGUCGCUCGGCCAAAGAGCUAGACAUACCUGCUAUGAUAGCGGCGCCGAUCCCGCUU